GGUCACCCCUCCUUCGGCCGGACUCCGCCCCUUCCCAGGGCCCAGCCCCGGACCGCUCUAAGGGCCACGGAUCAGACGCCUCCCGCCUAGGCCUGGCUGGCGGGGGCCCGGCCCAGCUCCAGCCCCCUUCCCAGGGACGGGCUUCAGCUCCAACGCCCUUCCCAAGGAUCAGCUCCAGCUCCAGCUCCUUCCCAAGGACCAGCUCCAGCUCCAUCCCCCUUCCCAAGGACCAGCUUCAGCUCCAUCUCCCUUCUCAAGGACCAGUUUCAGCUCCAGCUCCAUCCUCCUUCCCAGGGACCAGCUCCAGCUCCCUCUCCCUUCCCAAGGACCAGCUUCAGUUCCAGCCCCUUCCCAAGGACCAGCUCCAGCUCCAUCCCCCUUCCCAAAGACCAGCUUCAGCUCCAGCCCCUUCCCAAGGACCAGCUCCAGCUCCAUCCCCUUCCCAAGGACCAGCUCCAGCUCCAUCCCCUUCCCAAGGACCAGCUCCAGCGCCAGCCACCUUCCCAUUGACCAGCCCCAGCUCCUUCCCGGGAGGCCAACCUCAGGCUCCACUCCUCCAACCCAGACCUUAUUUCCUUCCCUCCAGUCAAUCCCCCAGUCGCUGGGGGUCCCGCCCCUGGCCUGACCAUGGCAAAGCUGCUCCCCGCCAUGGAGGCGGCCAAGAUCUACCACACCAACUACGUGAGGAACGCCCGGGCGGUGGGGGUCAUGUGGGGGACCCUCACCAUCUGUUUCUCGGUCUUGGUCAUGGCCUUGUUCAUCCAGCCCUACUGGAUCGGCGACAGCAUCAACACACCCCAGGCUGGUUACUUCGGCCUUUUCUCCUACUGCAUCGGCAACGCCCUGACCUCGGAGCUCAUCUGUAAGGGUGGGCCCCUGGACUUCGCCACCAUCCCCUCUGGUGCCUUCAAGACCGCCAUGUUCUUCGUCGGGGUCGCCAUGUUCCUCAUCAUUGGCUCCACCAUCUGCUUCAGUCUCUUCUUCUUCUGCAACACUGCGACCGUCUACAAGGUCUGCGCCUGGAUGCAGUUGGCAGCUGCUACCGGGCUGGCGAUCGGCUGCCUCGUUUACCCCGACGGCUGGGAUUCCAGCGAAGUGAAGCGCAUGUGCGGGGACCAGACGGACAAAUACACACUAGGAGCAUGCACCAUUCGCUGGGCCUUCAUGCUCGCCAUCGUCAGCAUCAUGGACGCCUUCAUCCUCUCCUUCCUGGCGUUUGUCUUGGGUUACCGGCAGGACAGCCUGCUCCCCGAGGACUACAAAGCAGAUGGCAAAGAAGAGGCUUGAGGCAGCCGGACAUUAGGAUAUCUGCUCCUUGGGGGCACCCUGGGCACAUUUCUCAACCUAAAGCUACAGAUUCCGACUCUUCAGAUAGACACCUGACCCUCCUAACCUCUCCACGUGGCAGACUGUACUCCCUUCUAUAGUAGACACCAGUGCAACUCCAACCGCAAAUCCUCAGACGGUUUACUGAGUCUUGCCUGAUGGAUGAGACAUCAGGGAAGAGUUCAGAUGCUUAAAUAUGAGUAUUAAUGAAAGCUAUUUGACCGUAGAUGGGAGCUCUUGGGAGAGGAGUUAUUUAGAGGAUUAGCAGGAACCUCAAUUAAUCAAUCAAACGUAUUUAUUGAGCCCUUUCUGUGUGCAGAACACUGUACUAAGUGCUUUGGAGAGCACAAUAUAACGGAGUUGGUAGUCGUUGAGGAGGUUUCCCACAAUUAGCUUACAAUAUGGAGGGGGAUUUAACUCUGGCCAUCUGAGAAAAGCUCGGUCCAGUCCUCUAAUCCAGGGGCAUGGGUUACCCAGUCUUUGCCACAAGCCCCUUGGACACCUUCCUUGAACCAUUUCUGUGCUUGGUAGCUCAGAGGUGAUGGGAGAAGGUAGGAUGAACACUCAGAUAACAAAAUGUUACACGCUAUUGUAAGAUUUGGGGGAGGAAGGUUUUGAAGCAGUUGGUUGAGAAUGAAGAAUUAUAUGAUCCCGCCCUUAAUCAAUCAAAAGGAUUUGAGUGCUUAAUGUGUGCAGAGCACUGUACUAGGCACUUGGGAGAGUACUAUAUAUCAGAGUCGGUAGACACUUCCCUGGCCACACUGAGUAGCUGAGUAUCGGCUCUCUGGGCUGACCUAGGAUGCACAUGAUUUUGUUCUGGAAAAGGAAUCCUCCACCUCUCGGUAACCAAGUCGACGCCAAUGACUGGAUCGACUUCUGAAAUUGAUGUCUCGAUAGCCCAGACUAAGUUUGGGAAGGGGCAGCAGGGGCUCUAGGAAUACGGAACCCAAACAAAUGCUGUAAAUUUGUUUUAAUCUAGUCAGCAGCUGCUUUCUACCAGAAAAACAAAUGAAAAAACACGGCACAACUGUGCUAACUAUUGGCCAGCCCCUCCUGCCCGUCUCCUGAGGGAUCUCACGUUACUGGGCUUCUCCGCUUUCACCCUGUCAGCGGGAUCCUCUCGCAUCACAGCAGACGGUAUUAAGUAGCAGCUCAUUGAAUAGUCAUUUUGUGAGCGUCUGCUGUUGGAAACUUCUAAUUAAUUGACUGAUAUCUCCAGAAACUUUAGGAAUAUCCUCUCCAGAACUGACAAACUGUCCAGAGGGGGUGACCCCUUCUUUGCACUGAUUUAUAAACGCUAAGCAACAGACCUAUUGUUACCAUUAACUGCCUUCCCGGGCUAAGGGCUACUCCAGAAAAACCAUAAGAAAGUAGAAGUCAAAUCCAUGUGAUGCUCCUCAUGAAUAGAAACCGAAUGAAAAUCUAAUUUUAAUGGAAGAAUCCUUUCUCCAAAAUAAAAAUGGAUAGAGGGGAAAUGAGAACUAAAACCCAAAGAGAAUGAAAUGCGGAACAAGACUUUUUAAGGAAACACUCCCAAGAAAGUGGUACAGUCCAAUCAAUCGGUGGUGUUUAUUGAGCGUUCGCUGUGUGCAGAGCGCUGUACUGAGCACUUAGGAGAGUCCAAUAAAACAGAGUUGAUAGGAAAGUUCCCUGCCCAUAACAAACUUAAGAGUCUAAAAGGAGCUUACGGUAUCCAACUCGAUUUGCUUGUAUCCACACCAGUACUUAUUACAUUGUCUGUGGCCAAGGUCUCAAAUCAUAAUCCAGUUUAGAAGUUUUCUCCCGUCUGUCCCCAUUUCUGAGUUAACGGGUACAUUCCUGGAAUGUCCCAGAAAUGGAUUUUAAUCUUAAAAUUGCUUCACAAUAAUUAGUUGGAGGCCUUGCUUGUACUUUGCCCCUUUCCAGAGAGCAAGACCCAACACUUUUCCCUUCUCUUAGCAUUCCCUAUAAUGCAAUUAUUUUGUCGAUAAAUUUUAAGUCAUGAAGAUAUAUAUGGGACUUUUGUCUGUUGUACAUAAAAAAGUUAAUUUCUUCACAAA